CGCUGGAGAGAACAGCAGGAAAUUAAUGUACAGAGAACAUUCCUGCCUUCUGUAAGAAGAUGGCUUAGCUGAUUUAAUAGCUUUUUCUCAGUCUGUGAUUCCAACAGCCAGGUUUGAGAUAUUUAUUUUAGUAUUCAUGUUCUUGCAGUCCUUUUUACAUUUCUCUGUUUUUCCCUGGCAGACAUCCCGCAGCUCCAUAAGUCUGGGGGAAGAGGAUGGUUAGCAUGUUGUUGCUGUGGGGAUUUGAGCCUUAACUCUCUGUGUUGUUAAUGCUGGGCAUAUAAUUUUAAAACUUGCAUGCUGCAGAAGCAGAUAAUUAUUUCCCUGCUGCAUUUUAUACUGUGGUUUGGGAAAGCAAUACAUUUCAGAAUAUUAAAAGAAAGGAAAAGUUACAAUUUGGGGAACUAUUGGAAAUGGAAAGAGAAAGAGGGAAGUAAUGGGUGUCAGUCUGGUUAUCAGUCAAGCUGGAAGGAGACAGCUUGUUCUGUCAAACACCAAGAAUGUCAGUAGUCAGCCAAUCACUUAUGCAGGAAGAAAACCAUAGACUGAAAGGUGUUUGCGAGGGCAGCGUGCUGGCCGGGUCGGGGGCUGCCAUGCUGCUGGCCCCCGCAGCAGGCAGAUAGCAGAGAUGGCGGCCUGAGGGCGCCGGGACCGCGCGCAGACAUGGCCUUCGCCCAGUCCCACAUCAUGGCGGCCAGGAGGCACCAGCACAGCCGGCUCAUCAUCGAGGUGGAUGAGUACAGCUCCAACCCCACACAGGCUUUCACGUUCUACAACAUUAACCAGGGACGCUUCCAGCCCCCGCAUGUGCAAAUGGUUGAUCCGGUGCCCCAUGACGCUCCGAAGCCUCCAGGAUAUACACGAUUUGUCUGUAUUUCUGAUACUCACUCAAGAACUGAUCCCAUCCAAAUGCCAUAUGGAGAUGUGCUAAUACAUGCUGGUGAUUUUACUGAGCUGGGGCUUCCUAGUGAAGUAAAAAAAUUCAACGAGUGGCUAGGUAGCCUGCCCUAUGAAUACAAGAUUGUGAUAGCAGGAAAUCAUGAAUUGACCUUUGACCAGGAAUUCAUGGCUGACUUAAUCAAGCAGGACUUUUACUAUUUCCCCUCUGUUUCUAAGCUGAAGCCAGAGAGCUAUGAAAAUGUACAGUCUCUUCUAACAAACUGCAUCUAUCUUCAAGACUCUGAAGUGACGGUGAGGGGAUUCAGAAUAUAUGGCUCCCCUUGGCAACCUUGGUUUUAUGGCUGGGGCUUUAAUCUUCCACGAGGCCAAGCACUAUUAGAGAAAUGGAACCUUAUUCCAGAUGGAAUAGAUAUUCUUAUAACACAUGGACCACCUCUCGGUUUUCUAGACUGGGUUCCUAAGAAAAUGCAACGAGUAGGAUGUGUUGAACUGCUAAACACAGUCCAGAGACGAAUACAGCCAAGGCUUCAUGUUUUUGGACAUAUCCAUGAAGGUUAUGGUGUCAUGGCUGAUGGAACCACCACCUAUGUGAAUGCAUCUGUGUGCACUGUGAAUUACCAGCCACUUAAUCCACCUAUAGUUAUUGACUUACCUACUCCAAGGAACACAUGAUUAUAAUCAGGAUUUAAAGUUGUACCCAACACAUAAGCAACUUUAUAUUGCUGGCUGAGAAUCCCAAUAGGGAACCAUUCAACAAAAAAGCAAAAUCCUUUUUUUCCCUGCUAGCUCUUCACAGAUAAAUUUGGAGUAACAAAAGUGGACAAGGAACAAAGACAUUUUGGUGCCAGAACCAGAUUAAAGACUAACAUUUCACCAUUAAAAUGUUUGUGAACACAGAAAAGUGAAUGCAUUCCACAUAUAUGUAUAUACAUAUAUAUAUAUCUAUAUAUAUAUAUAUAUCUCUAGUAGGGGCUUUUGUACAUACCGUAUACUGGACUUUAUUAAAAGAACGAUGUCUUUCAAAGGAGUGUUUCUUUAAGAAAGUUUGCAGUUUAAACGUAAAUGUUUAGACUAGGAUUUCCUCAUUUCAGAUGUUUUUCAGUGAGCUCUUGGUAAAAUAAAAAUGAUGGUAAAGAUGUUUUCCCUUAAUCAACAUGGCAAUUAUAAAAGAUGAUGCACAAAUGACCAGUCACAGGAGGAAAGCUAUUUCUCCAAGUCCUCCAGGUCUAAGUCUUUGCAUCUAUUCAAAACCAAUGCAAUACAGGCCCUAAUUCACUGUACUGAAAUGAAGUUUUACUACAUCUGGCAUUACAGAUGGCAAGGGAAAUGGUGCAUAUUGCCAGCAUGCUGUAAACAGCUCAACAUUCAAGAAGGGAGACUGUGUUAAGUGCAGUAUAAACUCAGGAAUUUGUAACCUGGCCUCGGUUGUUUAAAAAAGAAAAAAAAAGGAUGACAUUUCCCUUAAAAAAAAGAAAAAAUAUAACUGUGUUUUCAUAUAGUAAAGAGAUAUGUAAUUGUAUUUAAGGAAAAAAGAAAGAGAAAGGACCUGCAAAGAGCCCACCCAAUGAUUAGUAAUGGUAUUUUAAAUAAAACCUACUGGGACCAUUGGUUUACAAACUGCUAAUGGGACAUGUAGCCAAUGAUGAGAUUACUGGUUUGAAUUUGGCCCUGGUCAGGAGUGGUUAAAUGUCAUUGUGAUCAUUUUGUCCUUGGGAAACAUGGAUGUCAAGGGAAGGUAUCAACCCAAGGUGUGGUUCAAGCACUCCCUUUUGGGUGGCUGUGAGUGACAGGUAAACACCAAAGUGUGCAGAGCAGAGGUCACCUCAGGGGACCUGGUAUUGCUGUUUGCCCACACGUGGACACUGCUGAGAGAGGCUCAGCACAAACCCAGUAGAAACCCAUCUGUUGUGUUGCUUGUGGCACCAGACAAAGCAGGGAAUGUGGCAGGAGCUGGUUGGGAUGGUCCACAGUCAUGGUACUGCCCGUGCAGCUCUUCUGCAGUGCUAGCAGAGGUAUUGAAGCUGCUGGGAUUUCAGUCCUGUCCUAGGCAGAAGUUUAAGAAUUGAUUAGAACGCUACCAAAAAACCCCAGGGCUUCAGAUAUGUCCUGCAAGAAAUGGAUUUCUGUCUUGAACUAACAAACAUGUCCUUUUGACUCAAUGGAGAUAAUUUAACUGCUGUAUUCUGAAUGUGGGCAUCCUGAAUUUGGGGCUGACAGCAUCUAGGCAUUAAUCUUGUUCACACACAUUGGGCACACCACAGCACUGCCAGCUUAGAGCUGGUUGCAGAUCUGUGUAUAGCCCACACCUGCAAACAUUGGAGAAUUGUGUGUGUUACAUGGAUGUAAAUGUGUUUUAUGUAACAGCUGCAUGUACAUUAUACAAAUAAACAAUUUAAAAUAUCUGUGUUGCAAAACCAGGCCAUGUGAGCCUCGACUCUCAGCUAGGUGGGCACAAACUCUGCUUUUCACUGGCUUCCCAUGUGCAGCAGGUCUUCGAGGUGCUGCCUGGAGCUGAGACGUUCAGGCCCGGUAACUGACUCAUGCUGUGGACCCACAAGAAGCCACUAGACCCCUCAAAAACAUAAGUCACAGGUCUGUCAUUUUUGUAAUCUGUUGGGUGACCAUGUGUCUAAACUAAUGUGCUGCUUUUUUUUCCUGAAAAUGAAACCCAAAACAAUAGGUGACACCUGCAACUGGUUUUUGGGGGAGUGGUUCACAAGUGCAUGAGCAGUCUGCCAUUAAGUCAGAUGGGGCCACUUCUGUCAGAGCUACUUGUGCAGAAAUUUCAGGAUCAGCUCCUAAAUCAGUAAGAACUGAAAUUCAUAGUUGAAUAUGAACUCCUGUCAUCAUUGGGAAGAUGAACAAUAGCAUGUAGUUAGAAUAAAAGUGGCUUAUCUAGUCACAAUUCAAGUGGUUUGCAACAAAUGUGGCAGGAAAUUGGCUGUAUGUUAAAGUCUGAAAUGUUUACAUUUGCUCACGGCACCUAAAUGUUAAAGUGAAGGGAAGAGGUCCUUUUAUUAGCCUCAGCAAAAUGUCUAUGUCAACCAUAAAAUAUUCUCUUAAAAAUAAUUUUUCCUAAGGUAUCUUCCAAAUACUGUGUAUUUUUAUGUGGAAAGGAUAUGAAAGCAACUGUUACUUCAAAAUACCAUUUAAAGUACUUGAGGUAUGAAAGCUUAAAGAUUAUUUAAUCAUUUUGACAUAACUUGAGUGUUGUAAUUUUUGGUCAAGCAUGUUAGAUGAAUAAAGUCUUAAAAAAAAGCAA